ACCCCACAACUAUUUAAAGAUGCCCACCCCAAAGCAUUCGACAUUACAAAUCCCACCCACACUUUUACAUUUCACACCAACAGACCAAAACACACGACAAAAGAAAGAAUGAACCCAAAAGUAACCCUCUCUCUUUCUUUCCUCUUCUUCUUACUCAACUUUCUCCUCAUAAUUUCUAAGUCUACCCACGCCGCCACCGGCAAAUGGGUACUCUUGCAGCAAAACAUCGGCAUUACCGCCAUGCACAUGCAGCUCCUCUACAACGACCGCGUUGUCAUCUACGACCGCACCGACUUUGGCAUGUCCAACUUGUCCUUGCCCGACGGUAAAUGCCGCGAGGAUCCCAACGACACCGCUCUCAAAAUUGACUGCACUGCCCACUCCGUUGAGUACGACGUCCCCACCAACUCCUUCCGCCCCCUCAUGGUCCAAACCGAUGUCUGGUGCUCCUCCGGCUCCAUUUCCCCAGACGGGCGCUUGAUCCAAACCGGUGGCUUCAACGACGGGGAGCGCAAGGUGAGGAUUUACCAGCCAUGCACUGGUUGUGACUGGAAGGAGUACGACAACGGCUUGGCCGCCCGCCGCUGGUACGCCACCAACCAUAUUCUGCCAGAUGGGCGGCAGAUAAUCAUCGGCGGCAGGCGACAGUUCAACUAUGAGUUUUAUCCGAAAAGUGCGUCUUCGAGCAAUGUCUACAGUCUGCCAUUCCUCGUGCAGACUAAUGACGCUAAAAUCGAAAAUAAUCUUUACCCAUUUGUUUUCCUCAACGUCGAUGGGAAUUUAUUUAUCUUCGCCAAUAAUCGAGCUAUUCUGUUCAAUUACGUGAAGAACAUCAUCGUUAAAACCUACCCGAAAAUCCCCGGCGGCGAUCCAAGGUCGUACCCGAGCACAGGGUCUGCUGUGUUGCUGCCGUUAAAAAACUUACAAGCUCAGUUAGUUGAGGCGGAGGUUUUGAUUUGCGGCGGAGCUCCGAAAGGGUCUUAUGAGAAGGCUGUUAAAGGCACUUUUGUGGAAGCUUUAAAAACAUGCGGGCGGAUCAAAAUAACCGACCCGAACCCGCAGUGGGUUGUGGAGACUAUGCCUCAAGCUAGAGUCAUGGGAGACAUGACAUUGCUUCCCGACGGCACCGUUUUAAUUAUCAAUGGCGCAGAGCUUGGAACUGCGGGAUGGGAAUUUGGACGGAACCCGGUUUUAAACCCCGCUCUGUACCAGCCUAACAAUGCAGUGGGGUCACGGUUCGUGCAGCAAAACCCGACAACAAUACCGCGGAUGUACCAUUCAACCGCAAUAUUGUUGCGUGACGGUAGAGUGCUCGUUGGGGGCAGUAAUCCACAUAUUUAUUACGAGUUUAAGAACGUGCUUUUUCCGACUGAAUUGAGAUUAGAGGCAUUUAAUCCUGAUUAUUUGGACGCUAAGUACGCAAACUUGCGUCCCAAAAUUGUUGCACCGAAAUCACAAGGUACGAUCACUUAUGCACAAAAGUUGGCCGUUCGAUUUUCGGUGACGGGGACUGUAGCUACAAAUUUGGUGUCGGUAACGAUGGUGGCGCCAUCAUUUACGACGCAUUCAUUCUCCAUGAAUCAGAGGGUGCUUGUUCUCGCAGCUGAGAGCGUGACAAAUGUGGCACUAUCGACCUACCAAGCUUUAGUGACGACACCGGGGUCGGGACAUCUUGCGCCUUCUGGAUAUUAUCUUUUGUAUGUGGUUCACCAGAGUAUACCGAGUGAGGGCAUCUGGGUCCAAAUUCUGUGAGAAAAUAUAUGAUAGUGUAUAGAGAUACGUACGAAUAUUUACUUACAAAUAGUGUAUUUACAUUUUUUUUUUUUCCAGAAAUUAUCAUGAUUGGAGUUACAAGAAUUAAAAUAUGUCUCUAUCAAAUUUUGCCCAGUA